AUGACCCCAUUUCUAUUCUACCGAUCUGAUUGGCCAGAUAGAAAUGCUUUAAUGGAAAGAGCGGCUACAGAUGGAGUUGAUGGUAACAAUAGAUUGAAAGUUGCUCCUAUUAAAAAACCAGGUAGCGCCUGGUUGCCAUGGAAUUUUUCUCAGCAAGGAUCCAUCAUCGAGGACGAAUUUUUCUGUUUUAGUUUGUUCCAUUUUGUUAUAUGUGAAACAUAUAGAAACAACUUUGGGAGUUACCUGCUACAUUAUCUACGUGACUGGCAUGUUGGUCGUAAAAACGAUACAACAAAAAUUGAUAUUUCUAAAUAUAAAAAGAAUGGAAAAUGGACAAUAUUACCACUAUCUGUAAUACCCAAACUUAGCUUGCCUGAUUUAUCUACUAUUUAUCAUAGAUAUUUAGAUCAAAAUAUACAAUAUGAGUGUAAAGAUAGACUAAGAAUGGGUAAAAUAACUGAUGGUGGAUGGGAUGUUUGUGCAGAUGAACCUUACAGACCAACUAAAGAUGGUUUCGUUUAUUCUUUUGGAAUUAAUAAUGAUUUUAGUUUUGAUGAUGCUAUUUCUAAAAAAUAUAAUAUUCCAGUAUUUUCCUUUGAUCCUAGCAUGAAUACAAAAGCUCACAAUAGAAGUAACUUAGUUCAUUUUAUACCUAUUGGUAUAGCAGGAACUAAUAAGGUCAUAAACAAUGGAUGGAAGGUUUUACCAUUGAGUGAUAUUUUAAAGGAUCUUGGCCAUAAAAAAGAAGACCUACAAGUGUUAAAAAUGGAUAUAGAAGCAUGGGAAUGGGAUACUUUUCCUAAUCUAAUUCAAACUAAUUCAAUAUCUCAUAUAAAACAAUUGUUUGUUGAAUUUCAUACUGCUAAAAGUUGUUCAUUAUCUAACCCUAAUAGUUGUACUCAAUAUAUCUCAGGUUUAAAAUUAUUCCAUGAUUUAUAUGAAUUAGGCUUUCGAAUAUUUUGGACUCAUAAAAAUCCAGCAUGUUUAUUCAAAUCAAAAUUCACAGUAUCGCUUCAAAAAGGUCAAAAGAUUGAAGGUUUAAUAUUUCAUACUGGUAGUUGUUACUGUACUGCCAAAUAUUAA